AACACCAAUAUUCAGUUUCUCCUUCUCUGUACUCCGGGGUUUUGAGGGUUCUAAGAAACUCAUUCUCUUCUUCAAUUUCAAAACACGAGCUUUGAGGCGUAACUACUUUACAGCAAAUUAUUUCUUUUGAGAUGGCCAGGUUUUCAGGAUUCAACAGCCUUGCACCUAAGACCAAGAAUGUGGUAGUUGCUGGAGGCUUGACGGCUUUUGUCUUUGGGGUGUAUUUCUACACCAUGAGAGCUGUUGGGGGCACAGAUGAACUUCAGACUGCUAUAGAUAAGUUUGAAGCUCAGAAAAACAAGCAAGAGACUUGAAUCAAUGAGGCCAUUACAGGCUUGUUCUUACGUUCCCUGGUGUAAAUGUAAUAAGCUGAACAAUUUAAAAGUUUAAUUACCAUGUAAGAACCAAUUACACUUUUUCCCUUAUCAAGUACCUUUUUCUGGAUUGUUCAUAAAUAGUCAAGUCUUUAUUAA